GCGACGGAGGCGCUGGGCAGGACCGGCGGAAGGAAAUGUGAAGCCAGGGAUAGUGGAAAACGGCGUAGCUAACAACAACAAAUUUGACAGUUUACGAGCUAGGAUCCGCCUCAGGUUACUGUCAGAGUCAGAUUGCUAGGGCUAGCGAGCUGAUUAUUUAAGUGGUGAAUGGGCGAAAGGGGGAGGAACAGUAUCGGCAGCUGACGUUUUCGUGUGUUCUUAAACGUUAGCUAUUUUUCGUCGUUAGUUAGCAGGCAGCUAGCCCUAUUAUCUAGCUGGGUAGGUGACGUUAGUCAUCAAGGUAACUUAAGUUAGCUGUGUUGCCAUAUCGUAGUUAGCUAUCUAGGUAACGUUAGCUAACAUUACUCGAUUCAACGAUGAGUAUGGCUGCAGUGAUACCCGAGAUCCGAGGUCUGCAGACUGAUGAGGACGAAUCAAGAAUUCUGAGAGUUAAGGUCAUUGCUGGCAUUGGACUGGCUAAGAAAGAUAUUUUAGGAGCCAGUGACCCCUACACGAGAGUCUCCCUGUAUGAUCCUGUGAAUGGGGAGCUCACUAGCCUCCAGACCAAAACAAUUAAGAAGACAUUGGAUCCGAAGUGGAAUGAAGAAUUCUUUUUCAGAGUGCACCCUCGGAAGCACCGGCUACUGCUGGAGGUGUUUGAUGAGAAUCGCCUGGUGAGCGGCGGCGGCAGCAAGAAGAGCACUCUGCAGAUCUCCCUGCAGCCCUGCAAACUGAAUGGGGACCUGGAGCGCUGUGCGGGCGGAGGGCGGGCGGAGGAGGGCGACCCGGGCGGCGGGGAGGCCAGCCCGGGGAGCAGCAGCGGGGACCUGGCCCCCAGCGGGGACGCCGGCUCGUGCGGCAGCAGCACCACCAGCGACGGCGGCUACUGCAGCAGCAGCAGCAUCUUCGAGGCGGAGGCGGCGGAGCGGGCGGCGGGGCCGGGGCCCGAGAGGGGGCCGGCGCGGCGGGGGCCCCGUGUGCCGCUGCGCCGCUGCUCCUCCCUGGUGAUCUUCCCCCGCAGCCCGUGCAACACGCCGCCCGCCUCGCCCGUCAGCCCCGUGGCGGCUGCGCCCGCCCCGCCGGCGCGCGGACCCUACCAGACCUCCCACCAGCUCCUGCUGUCGGCGGGUGAGGACGAGGAGCCGGCCGGCCCCAAGGGCUCUGUCGCCACCGCCGUCAAUGGCCUGCGGCUGUCCCGGGGCGGCUGCCCCGCGCUGGAGCCGCGGGACGCCCGGCCCGUGCACUGGAGUGCGCCGGCGCCGAGGAGGGCCGAGGACGAGCAGGACCACGCGGGCUGGCGCUCCAGCCUCAUGCUGCACCUCCCUCAGCAGAGACCCGAAACCUCCAACCCCCCCUCCCGGGGCUCGGACCCGGACCCCGAGCCCACGUACCGCCACGUCAAGCUCUUCCGCAGCACGUCCUGCCUGCCCUUGCUGAAAUCCCCUGAGAAGAGCCACGCCGGUGGCCCGGGGGACAUUCGGGAGGAGGCCCCGGAGGAGAGCCACUGCCACCACGCCUUGCAGAGGAGCAUCUCCCUGGAGGUGCCCUACAGGCACAUCUCCUGCCGCGUCUCCAACCCCAGCCGGUCUAGUUGCGGUCCUCCGCACGUUCACAUCCACGUGUCUCACGGCACCGAGGGCUGGAUCUGUGGCUCGAUUAAGGAUUCAAACGCAAGCCACAAAGGUGACCGCGUUCCGGGCGGUACGGAACGGAGAAACGCCAGGACACGGGAUGACUUUCUCGGGCAGGUGGACGUGCCUCUGCACCAGAUCCCAACAGAAAAUCCUAACAUUGAAAGGCCAUAUACAUUUAAGGAUUUUCUCCUUCAUCCAAGAAGUCACAAGUCCAGGGUGAAAGGUCAUCUGCGACUCAAGAUGACAUACUUGCCGAAAACCUGCGGCUCAGAAGAGGACGGAGCGGAGCAGAGUGAGGACGUGGAACCGGGCUGGGAUUUCCUGGAAGCCCAGGAUAUGUCUGGCCCUCGGCACCACCACCAGUUGCCUGCGCUGCCCCCUGGCUGGGAGGAACGGCAGGACAACCUGGGGAGAACCUACUACGUCAAUCACGAGACGAGGACCACGCAGUGGCACAGGCCCACAGUCCAAGACAGCCUGCUGGAGGCGGAGCGGAGGCAGACCAUUCACAUGGAGGCGCACCACGCCUUCGCCGCCCGGCGACAGAUCUCCGAGCACGAGGACAGCCACAACCGCCACGAGUCUCCGGAGAACUGGGAGAUCGUGACGGAGGACGAGUUGGCGAUGCACGGCGACCACGGCCACCUCUCCCCGCCGCCCCCCCACUCGCCCCGCUCCCCCCACUCGCCCAUGGAGUUCCACGCCUUCUGCGAGGACCUGGGGCGCCUGCAGGCCACGGGGAGCGUCCACGCCGACCGCCGCUCCUCCCUCACAACUCACUGCAACCGCAGAGGAAGUGCCCACACUCUGUCACCGGAGGAGCAUCCUCUUCACCCCGCGAGCCACUGCAAUCGCAGAGGAAGCGCCCACACUCUCUCUGCCGAUGACCACCCUCUUCAUCCUGUGACUCACUGCAACCGUAGAGGAAGUGCUCACACUCUGUCUGCCGAGGAACAUCCUGUGGCUCACUGCAAUCGUAGAGGAAGUGCCCACACUCUGUCGGCAGAGGAACACCCUAUUCACCCUGUGUUAUUACCGACCUCAGUAGGACUGCCUCCGGGCUGGGAGGAAAAGCAGGACAGCAAAGGCAGAAAGUACUUUGUCAAUCACAACAACAGGACCACCACAUGGACACGCCCGCUCACCCAGACAACGACGGAAGCGGCGCAGGCGGUGGCGCCCCAGAACCUGACGGUGCCCCAGCCCCCCAUGAUGUCCCCCGAGAGCUCCCCGCAGCACUCCCCCGGCUCCCGGCCCAAGUACGAGUUCGGCUUCAUGCCCCCCGGGUGGGAGGUCCGCAGCGCCCCCAACGGCAGGCCUUUCUUCAUCGACCACAACACCAAGACCACCACCUGGGAAGACCCAAGGUUGAAAAUCCCUGUACACAUGAGAAGGCGACCUUCGCUAGACCCCACUGACCUUGGGCCACUCCCACCUGGCUGGGAGGAGAGGAUUCACAGUGAUGGAAGAAUAUUCUACAUAGAUCAUAAUACCAAGACCACACAAUGGGAGGAUCCCAGGUUGCAGAAUUCAGCCAUCACCGGACCUGCUGUGCCUUACUCCAGAGACUACAAGCAGAAGUAUGAGUACUUCAGAAAAAAGCUGAAGAAACCGGCUGACAUCCCCAACCGCUUCGAGAUGAAGCUGCGGCGCACGGCCGUGCUGGAGGACUCCUACAGGCGGAUCCUGUCCGUCAAGAGGCCCGACUUCCUGAAGGCCCGCCUCUGGAUCGAGUUCGAGGGGGAGAAGGGGCUGGACUACGGGGGCGUGGCCCGGGAGUGGUUCUUCCUCAUCUCCAAGGAGAUGUUCAACCCUUACUAUGGGCUGUUCGAGUACUCUGCCACGGAUAACUACACGCUGCAGAUCAACCCAAAUUCAGGGCUGUGCAACGAAGACCACCUGUCAUACUUUAAGUUCAUCGGUAGAGUGGCAGGCAUGGCGGUGUACCACGGCAAGCUGCUGGACGCCUUCUUCAUCCGCCCUUUCUACAAGAUGAUGCUGCAGAAGCCCAUCACUCUGCAGGACAUGGAGUCAGUGGACAGUGAAUAUUUCAACUCUUUGAAGUGGAUCCUGGAGAACGACCCCACAGACCUGGACCUGAGGUUCACCAUAGAUGAGGAGCUGUUUGGACAGACUCACCAGCACGAACUGAAGCCUGGAGGGGCUGACAUCGUGGUCACUGACGACAACAAGAAGGAGUACAUCCACCUGGUCAUGCAGUGGAGGUUUGUGAAUAGGAUACUGAAGCAGAUGACUUCCUUUAAGGAGGGAUUUUACGAGCUCAUACCUCAGGAUCUCAUCAAAAUCUUUGACGAGAAUGAACUGGAGCUGCUGAUGUGUGGCCUCGGGGAUGUGGACGUCAACGACUGGAGGGAGAACACCAAGUACAAGAACGGCUACUGCGCCAACCAGCCCGUCAUCCAGUGGUUCUGGAAGACGGUGCUGCUGAUGGACGCCGAGAAGCGCAUCCGCCUGCUGCAGUUUGUGACGGGCACGUCCCGCGUGCCCAUGAACGGCUUCGCCGAGCUGUAUGGCUCCAACGGGCCACAGCUGUUCACCAUUGAGCAGUGGGGCACCCCUGACAAGCUGCCCAGAGCCCACACCUGCUUCAACCGCCUGGACCUGCCCCCGUACGAGUCGUUCGAGGAGCUGAGGGAGAAGCUUCACAUCGCCAUAGAGAACGCGCAGGGCUUCGACGGCGUGGACUAGGGGAGGUCGCGGCGCCCCGGCCGUGAAGUAACCACGGUAACCAUGGAAACCUGAGGGGUGUCACGUUUGCGUGCGUUGUGCAACACCUGGCACCCCCCCCAGCGGACUUGACGCAUGGCCCGACCCAAGACAUGGCCCCUUUUCGGAAGCUCUCCCAAAGAAGAGGGAGCCCUGGGCUUCGCCCCUGUUUGUGCUCCGGCUGCUUUUCUCCUGUGGAUCGUAGUGAAAAAGACAACAUGCCGAUAUUCUCUCUUUAGCGUUUGUCUCAACGACCAUCUCUGAAGUUUACAAAAAAUGUCGCUCACAUGUCUACACAUUGCGUGUUAGCGUGUGUGCAGGUGUAUGAUAAGGUAUGCAUGCAUAUGCCUAAAUGUAUACAGAUAUGUUUAUGUAUUUAUAUAUCUGUUUACAGAUACAGAUGAAGAGUAUGUUCAUCUAUACGCGGGAAUCUUAGAAGGGAGCCUCCACUUGGGUGG